AUGUUCCGGACGGCCCUUCGACAGUCCACCCGCGCUCUCGGCGCCUCGGGUAGGGCUGCGGUAGCUCGAAAUGCCGCACCAGCAGUCUACAAUGCUGCCUCGAUACAAGCCCGGACCUACGCCGCCGAUGCUAAGCCUUCGCCUACUGAGGUCUCUUCUAUUCUCGAGCAGAGAAUUCGCGGCGUCCAGGAAGAAGCUGGUCUUGCCGAGACUGGUCGCGUCCUCUCUGUUGGUGAUGGUAUUGCCCGUGUCCACGGCAUGGCCAAUGUCCAGGCUGAGGAGCUUGUCGAGUUCGCCUCCGGUGUCAAGGGUAUGUGCAUGAACCUCGAGGCCGGCCAGGUCGGUGUUGUGCUUUUCGGUUCCGAUCGAUUGGUCAAGGAGGGUGAGACUGUCAAGCGAACUGGUGCUAUCGUCGACGUUCCCGUCGGUCCCGAGAUGUUGGGCCGUGUCGUCGAUGCCCUCGGCAACCCCAUUGAUGGAAAGGGUCCCAUCAACGCCAGCGAGAGGCGCCGUGCCCAGCUCAAGGCUCCUGGCAUUCUUCCCCGCCAGUCCGUCAACCAGCCUGUCCAGACCGGUCUCAAGUCCAUCGACGCCAUGGUUCCCAUUGGCCGUGGUCAGCGUGAGUUGAUUAUUGGUGAUCGUCAGACCGGCAAGACCGCCGUCGCUCUCGAUGCCAUGCUCAACCAGAAGCGAUGGAACAACGGUGCCGAUGAGGACAAGAAGCUUUACUGCAUCUACGUCGCUGUCGGCCAGAAGCGAUCCACCGUCGCCCAGCUCGUCAAGACCCUCGAGGAGAACGAUGCCAUGAAGUACUCCAUUAUCGUCGCUGCCACCGCCUCCGAGGCCGCUCCCCUUCAGUACCUCGCCCCCUUCACCGGUGCCUCCAUUGGUGAGUGGUUCCGUGACAACGGCAAGCACUCUCUCGUCAUCUACGACGAUCUUUCCAAGCAGGCCGUCGCCUACCGUCAAAUGUCUCUUCUUCUUCGACGACCUCCCGGUCGUGAGGCUUACCCCGGUGACGUCUUCUACCUCCACUCUCGUCUCCUCGAACGUGCCGCCAAGAUGAACAAGACCCACGGUGGUGGUUCCAUGACUGCCCUUCCCGUCAUUGAGACCCAGGGUGGUGACGUGUCUGCCUACAUUCCCACCAACGUCAUCUCCAUUACCGACGGCCAGAUCUUCUUGGAGUCCGAGCUCUUCUACAAGGGUGUUCGUCCCGCCAUUAACGUCGGUCUCUCUGUCUCUCGUGUCGGUUCCGCUGCCCAGCUCAAGGCAAUGAAGCAAGUCGCCGGUUCUCUUAAGCUCUUCUUGGCCCAGUACCGUGAGGUUGCCGCCUUCGCCCAGUUCGGUUCCGAUCUCGAUGCCGCCACCAAGCAGACCCUCAACCGUGGUGAACGCUUGACCGAGCUCCUCAAGCAGAAGCAGUACUCUCCCAUGGCUGUCAACGAGAUGGUUCCCCUCAUCUUCGCCGGUGUCAACGGUUUCCUCGACUCCGUCCCCGUCGGCAAGAUUCUCCAGUGGGAGUCUGACUUCCUCGCUCACCUCAGGUCCAGCGAGACUGAGCUCCUUGCCACCAUCGACAAGGAGGGCGCUCUCAGCAAGGACACUGAGGCCAAGCUCAGGAACGUCGUUGAGACCUUCACUAAGAGCUUCCUUGCUUAA